GAUGCCGCCGUUUCCCACCGUCCUGAACGCAGCACGCCUGAGUUCAUUCCUGCAGUGUCCCGUAGUGGGACAGUCUGUCUGUGUGUGAACUCGGGAGGGGAAGCAGAGCUGUGCUGUUAAAACUCCCAGGAUUUACACUCUGCCAUUUUGAGGAAAACCGGCCGACAUUAGACCAAGUCAUGACCCGGAUCAGAGGACUACAUCUGUGAAACAAGGAGAAGGCCUCUGAAGUGGCGAACAGUUAACCAAACAAAGGAGGGAUUGUCUUUGAACCGGUCAUCAGUCGUCCUCAGCCAUGUGCUCCACUAAUCACUCAAACUGGGUCACUUUUGAAGAUGACAACACACCGCUCUCCACACCGCUCUCCUCUCCUCAGAAGCCUCUACAGUCACCAGGGCUUAUCAAAGCAUCAGUACCACGCCCCAAUGGUCUGAAAUUGGUCCUUCCUCCAAUCAGAGAUACUUCCUGGAGCUUUAACAGUUCCCUCGAAUCCCCUCAAAACCACUCGAGUCCUAGUGGAAGUUCUUGUGUACCGUGUAACACGCCUUUUUGCACUCCUGUGAGUGGGGUUCCCAGCAGCACUUCCCCAUUUCACACCAACACACGGGGAAAGAACAACUACUUCCGGAGUCUUUCUAGCACCUCCACCCCGUCUGUUCCCUCACCUGCACCAGAGGCCUUCAGUCAAACCUCAGAUGGACCAAGCCCUUUCCCCUCUUUCCAGGGACACUCAGGACACACAAAUCCUUUCUGGGAUGGAUCCAGAUACAGCGCAGGUGCAGACAGCUCCUCCUCUUCCUCAGACUCUGAAUCCAACAACAGCCUACCACGUUUCUUUAUUCGGACCAAAGAUGGCAGCGAGCCUCCCCGUGACCUCCUCCAGAGCUCCUUCUCCUCCUACGUUUGCAACAAACUGGAAAGUUUGCGUACAGAAUCGGACCAAGAAACAGAGUAUGAACGAGACGGCGAGAGGCGGAUGAGCUGCAAAAAUGAAGUCUUAAGCGAGAGUUCGUCUCAGUUCGUCCCACGUGGACUCUUUCGCAGCCAGAAGAGAGACGGCUGGUCUGUCAUGCUCAGGAUUCCAGAAAAGAAGAACCGCAUGUCGUCUCGUCAGUGGGGGCCGAUCUACAUGCGCUUGUUGCCGGGUGGCGUGCUGCAGAUGUAUUAUGAGAAAGGCCUGGAGAAGCCGUACAAGGAGUUCCAGCUCCUCCCUCAGUGCCGGAUCUCUGAACUGAAACUGGAAAGCUACGGAGAGCCGCGCAAAGUCCUCGCGCUCAGGGUGGAGCAUUUCUCCUACAUAGAGAAGAAACGAUUUCAUCCCAAGCUGGAGGUCAGUCACGAGGCAGAGGUGGAGCAGCUGCUGAAGUUUGGCUCCACGGUGCACGAGGACAUGGAGGACCUGGUAGUCUCCAUGGAGGAGGAGAUCUUCAAACUCGGGACGCCCCACCAGCAGAGGAGACACUACGAGGAGCAGGAGCUGUCGUUGCAGAUCACCGAUCACAUCUGGGUACAACUGGAUAAGAGCGGAGGAGUCAUGGAGCGGACAGCCUUCACUCAGAUUCACUGUUUGGCUUUCCUGAACGGACUGGGAGAAUGUUUCCUCGCUCUAAACGAUCUGCGCCUGCUGCACUUUGACUCCAGCUACGGGUCAGAGGAGGAGCUCUGGAUGGAGAUCGUCGACUGCCACUUUCACCAGUGUGUGAAUGAGACAGAGUUCCAGAGAUCCAGGCUGAUAAAGUUCUCCCCUCCGGACGCCUGCAGGGUGGAGCUGAUGCGGUACAAGACAUUUCUUUUGGGUUGCACAGAGAUUCCUUUCUCCAUCAAAGCCGUGGUCACGGUACAAGGUGCCUACGUGGAGCUCCAGGCCUUUCUCAACAUGUCGGCUACCUUCCUCACCUCCAUGGGGAUUUCAGACACAAACCCGCUGUGUGAGAAUGUAGUGAUCCGUGUGCCGGUGCCGGGCGACUGGGUCAAAGUCACACAGACUGUGGCCUUGCUGCGGCAGAGGUCCCUGAAGGCCCGUAUGAACAGAAACGCCUGCUUAGGUGCCGUCAGCGCUGCAGACUCCCAGCCGGUCAUGCAGGUGACAGUCGGGACUGUGAAGUAUGAGAAUGUAUACUCAGCCAUUGUGUGGAGGAUCGACAGACUACCUGCGAAGAACACAGCAGUGGAUCAUCCACAUUCAUUUUCCUGCAAGCUGGAGCUGGGAUCUGAUCAGGAGAUCCCGAGUGACUGGUACCCCUUUGUCACCAUGGAAUGUGAAAUUAUGGGCGCCGUUGUGUCGCAAACCAGGGUGAAGUCACUGGGCACUGUGAACGACAUCCAGCCGCAGAAGCACGUGACCAGCUGGACUCGCUAUCACUGUCAGGUGGAAGUGGAGAAGAAAUGGAUUGAGACAGAGUCACAGAAGCAGUCCGGCUGUAUGACACAGUGAUCGUCAGGACUCUCUGAGGAGGACUUUUUUCCCUUUGGUCCGUUGCAUUUGCCAAAAUCUUCUGAAAGCUGAAAAGGGAUUACAGAAAAAGAACAAAAACAAGGGUGAUGAGGGACUUUCUGCUUAUAUCUGGUGUCAAAUUAAUCUAAUCACACAUAGCCUGGUAGUAUAUCUCAUGGAGGUACACCGAUGUAUAUCCUUUAACUGAGACUGAUUUGGUCUAGAGCUAAUGAACAAUUUAACAUGGUCCUUUUGCCUAGCACUUUACAUGUUAUAGAUUUAUCAUAUGUAAGAUUAUAGUUUAUAUAAGUACUGUAUAUAAGCUUGCAUUUGCAUCAUCUGCACUGCCCUCCAGAAAGAUCAGCAUCCUUAUUAAAUGCCUUAAUAAAUGUACACGGAACAGGCUGCACGAGAUAAACUACUCAAGUAAUGAGCUUUAUUCACAGAGAGACAGCUGAUUACAUCCGCAAACGUUCAGGGUCAGGGACUUUUGUUUCCUGCAAAAGUUUACAUCCCUCCAAAAUGUUCAUUCAGGCCUGAAUCCUCCACUUUUGGUUGCUAACUGCAAGGUCAUUAUCAGGUAACCCUGUGCAUGAGUGAGUGUCAGACAAAUGUGCUAAUGCCUGAACAGAACAUUUAAAAACACAGUGAAAAAUCACAACACUUUUAGAAUUAUAGCUGCAAAAACAUCAGUUCAAAGGUGGGUGGUGUCACGCUGAGACCUGCAGAGGAGCAUCACUAAAACAAAAUGAUCAGCAUCUUUUUUUCAGCCUUUCAAGCCUCACAGACUUUGACUUUUUUUGCACAAAUUAUCAAAAACAUUGGCCCAAAAAAGCAACAAAAAAGUCAGGUUGAACAGUCUUUGUUUCUUAUAAUAUUUGGAUGCACCCACUUAGAAAAGCGGGGCCAGAUUCUGAUUCUUAGAAACAGCAAAUUAGCCAAUGAGCUAAUUCAAGUACCAAUGUUUUUGUUUGUUGAAUCAAUUGUUGUUGCUCAUUUGAUUUCUGAUGUUGCUAACUCCUUCAUCUAAGCAAGGGACUCAAAUUAAUUUUCAUCAUAGACACACAGUGAACAUUAUUAAGGUCAUUCGGGUCGUCAUUACACAACUUUGAAUGAGCACAAAUUCAAUCCCACGAAUGUUCAGAACAACCUUUACUUUAACCUUCCUUCACGUAAAAAUUAUACUUUUUUGGAAGGGUAAAUGCUUCAAAUGCCUCUUCAGCUGCUUUAUAAUCACAAACCUAGUAAGAAGGUAUUUGUUGAGCUUCCAAAGCACCAAAAAACCUUCAAUUUUUAAAAUACUUUUACUUUAAAAUCAAAUGAAUUGCAUGAAUCAUGGAAAACAAGAACAGGUCAACAUGACCCGGCCUUGAAAAUGAAGGCUUUUUAACUGUUUAUUGAAUCGAUGCAGCACAACAGAUAAGAAAUCGCUCCUGCAAAGAGUGGAUUCAAAAAUCUUUGGUGAUAGGCUGAUAUCCAUCAAUAGGGCUGAUUCAAAGAUACAGAUGCAUUGGUGCAGCUUCAGUAAGGUACAGAGUGCAUAUACAAACUGCACCAACACACUUUGGGUGCUGGUGUAACAAAAGGUGUUGAUAUUUGCAGUGAGAGACGUUCUUCUUUUCCUCAUGUGGAAUAAAACUCAUUACUUUCGUUGCUUACCUCAAGCCAACCUUUGACUUUACACCAAGCUUGCAUUCUGGAGGACUAUAAUGUUAUUUAAGCAAAUCAAAUCUUUAUUAUGUGAUUUUUCUGCCUCUGGGUUUUGAAUAAGUUGGAUACAAAAAUAAAUAAAGGGUGGAGCUUCAUAGUGGAAAAAAAAGCUUUCAAUGAUGACUGUUAUGCACAAUGUAUCUGGCUUUCGCUGGAUAUCAUGUACAUCAAGAGUAAAGAUUGAAUUAAAGCUUGAUGACUCAUGGUA